CGUUGCGUGUCGUGACGUAAAACUUCAUCUGCGAAUUCCUGAAACAACGCUUAAUGUUACAAUCUCUGAAGUGCUUAGCAACUACACAAACAUCAUUAACGACAAUAAGCUCGCCGCUGAGGUCAAUAUUUGUGAUCUCUAUGCUGGUGAAAAGAAAGACAUCUUGUUUACGGUGAAAAUCCAAGCUACUGAUAAAAAUAAGGGAAAAUCUACAGAAAAAGAUAUCGACUUGGAAAAAGCAGAUCUUAAAACAAUCAAAGCAGAUGUCAGUUAUUUUGACGUCCACAAGGGACUACAAGCAAAUAAUCUUGAAUCACCAGCAGCCUUGCAAAUAUUUCACAUCUCACAUGAAGCUAAUUUAUUAGAGAACUCUCCAAACUCACAAGAAAUUGAGCUUCAUCAUGAAGAAUCACCAGAAUUCUAUAAAGCAUUAAUUGAUGAUUUGAGUAAGAUAGUUUCACAACUUGACGAGCAGACUUAUAAAUUUGGAGGUGGAAAAGCAUAUACUCUGCAACAAGAGAUGGCACACGGUAAACAACGUUGUUGGGGAUCUCGAACGGCUGCCGAAUCUGGUUAUCAGGCUAAAAAUGUUUCAAAAUUUGCGAAAAUAG